GCUUCUUGACUUCAGUCAUCUCCAAGCUUGCGCACCACCAGUGCCACCACCUUUCGAGCCUUUCUUUGCGCCGAUCACGGAAUUAUUACGAUGUAAUGUACUGGUUUUUCUUAUUCAUAUUAUUUUACAAAGAACUAUCAAAAGAAGUCGUUUUUCAAGUGAUGGUAUGCUUCAUAGGACUUUGUUUUUAAUUGGAAUGGGUUUGAAUGAGCAAAAGAUUUGCAAAGAUUUUGAUUUCGUUAGUCGCGCUGAAAAUUUAAAAGUCUUUCAAUUGCUAGAACAGUUGGUCGACAAACCUGAAGCCAAGCAAAAUGCGCAGUUGCUUGAUUGGGUUAUUCAUACUUACAAAAAGAUAAAAGAAGAUAUAACGGGUAUCGAUACCAUGAAGGAAACUAGACAGGUUUCAUCAAAUGAUGCUAAUUUAAUAGCAAGGAAAGCUACUGCUGCUCGAAUGCGUAAACAAGCAUUGCUUCAGGUAACUGAAUAA